GGGAACCCGACCGCCACCCCUGCCGGGUGAGUGCGGUGACUGACAGAUCCCUGCAGCCAGUGGCCGAGGCGCUGUGCGGCGGAGCCCGGCGCCCGUCUCCCCGGUGACCGGGGGAGCUGGUGCCUCAGUAGAGUAGCCGGAGUCCUGGGGGACGGAGAGCUUCAUCAGAUAAAGGAGUGAUACUGUGAAGCAUGACAAAAAACUGGACUAAUUAAAAGUUUCCUAUUUUAGGAAAAAACCUCAAAAUGUAUAGACCAGGGGAAACGGUCAAACGUCGACUCAACAUGCAUGCUCCUCCUCGGAUAAGAAGCGUGGAAGUUGCUAGAGGAAGAGCAGGUUAUGGGUUUACCCUUUCUGGACAAGCGCCUUGUGUUCUUAGUUGUGUUAUGAAAGGAAGCCCUGCAGAUUAUGUUGGACUUAAAGCAGGAGAUCAGAUAUUUGCAGUUAAUGAAAUCAAUGUGAAAAAAGCCUCUCAUGAAGAUGUAGUGAAGCUUAUAGGAAAAUGUUCUGGAGUCCUGCACAUGGUCAUUGCUGAAGGGAUUAGUCAUAUAGAUUCAUGUUCCAGUGAUGAAGAAGUUGGUUUUUAUGAUGGAAAGGGGUGGCUGAAACCCAAACCUGACUCUAAAGCCCUGGGUAUAAACAGAGCAGAGAAAGUUGUUGAAGAAAUGCAGUCUGGUGGCAUUUUCAACAUGAUCUUUGAGAACCCUACUCUUUGUGCUGGUAGCUCAGAUAAUUCUGUACCAAAACAAAGAUCAUUUUCAGAUUCUGCUGCUAUUAAAUUUGAAACUGGAAAUGAAAGUGUAAGCAAUCCAAACCUACUGUCAAAGGAAGAAAUAUCCAAAGUCCUGAACGAUGAUUCAGUUUUUAGAAUUGGACUGGAGAGUGCAGAAGACUUUGCAUUAGAUGCAAGCAUUUUAAAUGUUGCCAUGAUUGUAGGUUACCUAGGUUCAAUUGAACUUCCUUCAACAACCUCAAAUUUGGAAAAUGAGAGUUUGCAGGCUAUUCGUGGAUGCAUGAGGCGCCUGCGGGCAGAACAAAAAAUCCAUUCACUAGUGAUGAUGAAGAUAAUGCAUGACUGUAUUCAGCUCUGCAGUGACAAAUCAGGUGUAGUGGCAGAAUAUCCUGCAGAGAAACUGGCAUUCAGUGCUGUUUGCCCGGAUGAUAGAAGAUUCUUUGGACUUGUUACAAUGCAGACAAACGAUGAUGCAAGCUUGGCUCAGGAAGAUGAAGGAGUUCUCAGGACAUCUUGCCAUGUUUUUAUGGUGGAUCCAGAAUUAUUUCAUCAUAAAAUUCACCAGGGCAUAGCAAGACGUUUUGGGCUGGAAUGUACAGCAGAUCCAGACACAAAUGGCUGUCUAGAGUUUCCAACAUCAUCUCUACCUGUUCUUCAGUUUAUUUCUGUCCUGUAUAGGGAUAUGGGGGAAUUGAUCGAGGGAAUGCGUGCAAGGGCUUUUCUUGAUGGCGAUGCAGAUGCUCAUCAGAAUAAUAGCACAAGCAGUAACAGUGAUAGUGGGAUUGGAAAUUUUAACCAAGAAGAAAAGAAUAAUAGAGUUCUGGUGGUUGAUUUAGGGAGCAAUCCGAGUAAGCACAUUCCUAACAGCAUAUGGGAAAAUCCAGUAGGAAGGGGACAAAAUCAGCCUACUUCCCAUCGGAAUGGCUUCUGUCAUGAACAAGAAGGAAACAUUCCUUUAGAAGUAAUUCAGAAUGAUAAGUCCCAAAAUAUUAGCAAACAUUUAAGUCCUUCUGCUCGUAUUGAAGUUCCACUGGUUUCCUCCCGAAAUUCAGUACCCCCAUCAAAGAAAAACGCUGCAGGCAUAGGCAAUCAGAGGUGGUUGCCGGUGCAUGUUUUACAAGAAUGGCAGCAUGGAAAUGCUAGCGACCAGGAGUCGUACACUGAUUCUACGGAUGGCUGGUCAAGUGUUAACUGUGGGACUCUUCCCCCACCAAUGAAUAAGAUUCCAGCUGACAGAUACAGAGUUGAUGGCAGCUUUGGUCAGCCACAGUUAAAAUCUCAUAAAAAUGAAUGGUCAAAGAAGAUGUUUUGCAUGCAGAACAAAUUUGGCCCUCCACACAGUAUUAGGAAAUCUAAAGAAGAUAAAAAGGGUGCAAAAUUUGGACGUCCAAUGGGAUUAAAUCAGGCUCCUCCCCCGCGUUCUUCUGUUCGAAGAUCAUUCGGAAGAUCUAAGCGAUUUAGUAUUACUCGUUCUCUAGAUGACCUUGAGUCAGCAACUGUUUCUGAUGGAGAGCUGAAUAGUACUGAUUUAAAAGAUUGCAUCAGUGAAAACAGCCUCAGUAGCAAUGCUAGUCUUCCCAGUGUACAGAGCUGCCGACGACUUCGAGAAAGAAGAGUUGCAAGCUGGGCUGUUUCAUUUGAGCGCCUUCUUCAGGAUCCUGUUGGUGUUAAAUAUUUUUCGGAAUUUCUACGGAAAGAAUUUAGUGAAGAAAAUAUUUUAUUUUGGCAGGCCUGUGAAUAUUUUAAUCAUGUACCUGCACAUGAUAAAAAAGAGCUUUCUUUCAGAGCUCGGGAGAUCUUCAGUAAGUUCUUGUGUAGCAAAGCUACAACCCCAGUUAAUAUUGAUAGCCAGGCACAGCUGGCAGAUGAUAUCCUCAAUUCUCCGCAUCCAGAUAUGUUCAAGGAACAGCAACUUCAGAUAUUUAACUUGAUGAAGUUCGAUAGCUAUACUCGCUUUCUCAAAUCCCCCCUUUACCAAGAAUGCAUCUUAGCUGAAGUAGAAGGUCGUCCUCUUCCUGAUCCUCAGCGUGUUCCCAGCAGCCCCACUUCUAAACACAGUAUCAGUUCAGAGAAGUCCAAUAUCUCAACACCAAAAAAGUUAAGUGGCAAAUCAAAGUCAGGAAGGUCUUUAAAUGAAGAGUCAGGAGAGGAGGACACUGAGAAGAAAAAAAGGGGAACUUUUUUCUCAUGGUCAAGAAGUAAGAGUUUGGGAAAAUCACAGAAGAGAAAAGAAAAUGGUGAUUAUCCAAAUGAUUCUAUUCAGUCCAAUGGAUUAUCAUACAGACGGGAAUCACAAGGCUCCAUGUCAUCAACUGCUAGCCUUGACCUGUCUGAAGCAUCAAGAUUACCUGUAUUUGUGCCAGACAAAGAGAAAUCCCCCAAAUACUGCUCUAUAAACCUUCCGGAUGGUUCAUCUAGCAAAAUGGCUGUCAAAUCUGGAUUCUCUAUCAAAGAGGUGCUUUCUGGGCUCUGUGAGAAACAUGGCAUUAACAUAGCUGCAGUGGACCUUUUUUUAGUUGGAGGUGAUAAGCCACUUGUAUUGCACCAAGACAGUAGCAUCCUGGAGUCUCGGGACCUACGUUUAGAAAAACGCACUUUAUUUCGGCUGGAUCUUGUUCCAAUCAAUCGAUCAGUUGGUUUGAAGGCUAAACCCACCAAACCAGUAACAGAGGUCUUAAGGCCUGUGGUUGCAAAAUAUGGUUUAAAUCUUAAUGAACUGGUGGCAAGACUAAAUGGUGAGCAGGAGCCACUUGAUCUUGGUGUCCCUAUAUCUAACCUGGACGGUCAGCGGGUUGUUCUAGAUGAAAAAGAACCAACAAAGGGUAGAGUGUUUACAGAUAAACAAAAAGGUGCAUCAGUAAAACAGAGUGCAACUGUAACUACUUCAAGAAAUCAAGUAUCUACUGGAGAGGGAAGAACUCUAGGAAAGUCUAAUUCUAUCAAAAUGAAAGGCGAAAAUGGAAAAAAUGCUAGGGAAGUCCGGCUGUCAAAGAGAGAAGACUCUAUUGCAAAGAUUGGGAAAAAAAAAUGUCAGAAAAUAAAUUUGGAUGAAGCAGAGGAAUUUUUUGAACUCAUAUCCAAAGCUCAAAGUAACAGAGCAGAUGACCAACGUGGACUGCUAAGGAAAGAAGACCUUAUUCUUCCUGACUUUCUUCGUUUACCACCCGCUGGACCAGAACCAUCCUCAUCUACUCCCACAGGCCCUAAAGGCCUCCACAAGCGAGUUUCAAAAAAUGAUGGCAAGGAUGGAUGUACAUCUCCAAGUGGAAAACAGGAGUCCAUACAAAACUUUAAUGAAAAUUCAGUUAAGAAAAUGGGUUACUCAGAAAACAAACAUAAAUCUGCUUUGACAGCGCUGCACAGUCAGAAGACUUUCAGUGUUCCUUUCAAUACUGCAUUGUCUCCAAUUCCGCAUGCACAGGAAAACAAUGCAACAAUAUGGAAAAGGCAGUCAAGAGAAUUACAGGCUGAAGGCAUACAGAUGGUAGAUGAUGAGAACGUGGCAGACUUGACUCUUGUGGCUGAAGGAGAUAUUAGUAGCCCUAACAGCACUUUGCUACCACCGCCACCACCAACACCACCGUCAGACAUCAGUAAGCUCACAGAAGCCAACUAUCCACCCCCAACUCCUUUUGCAGGUAAUCAGGAAAAAUCUGGAUAUCAAAGAUCCAAUUCAGGUGCAAACCACAGAAAGAAAAAAGACUCACAAGGGACUUCAGGAAACUCUUGUGAGCAAACCUCUCACAAAGUGAAGACCAGCAGAAGCUUUAAUCCUCCUGGUGUGAGAGAGAACCCUGGUACCGAGCUCCCUGUAAACAAGAUAAUCGAUGUGGAUGGUGUCAAACUGGAGGACACCAGCACACGCCCCUGUGACGAUUCUGAAGGGAACCUCAGCUUUGAAGGUUACAUCUCUGAACUGAGAACUUGCCAAGGGAGGAUGAGGACUGGAGUUUAUAGGACAUCAGAACUUCCAUCUCUGAUUACUGUCAAGAGUGAGAAGAAUAAGGGCACUGAGAAUCAGUACAAAGCUACUUUUGUUUAAAUCUCUGUUUUUAAUUAAGAGUUCUGGUAUUUUUGCUUGGCGUCAGCAGCAAUGGAGAUAUGCCUUAGAGACAUGUUUCUACAAGUUGUAAGUUGUUUUCAGUACCUGUUGCCUUCAACGAGCCUGCCAGACUGUCUCUUCUGAUAUAAGUUAUAACUUGUAGAAUGAAAAGAUACUAUUUCAUCGAAAGUAUUGAGCUAUUUGUUUUUGUUCUCUUACCAUUUCUAUAUAAUUUUCCCUGGGACUAUUCCAUUGCACAGUGCAAUUAAAAUUACUAUUUCCACCCUUAUCCUUCUUGUCUUUAAUAAAGACAAACUCACAGUAAAUUCCCCUAUCCAAACUCUUUAUUUAAGACAAUUUUACUUUAAUCUUCUAAUGUUUUUUCCUGGUCUGCAUGAUUCCCUAUGCGUCUGUAGACUUUUGAAGUGGAAGUAAAAUCAGUUACUGGUGUAAAAAAGAUUAGAUUAUUUUAUUAUUAUCUUCCUACCUGUCUCGUAACAUUUGGGAAGG